AUAUCAAAUCUGGACUUAUAAAAUUAUAUGACUCUUCAUCUAAAUGUGAUAUAAUUAGGAUUGGUGUAGUUCCAACAACUAAGAUCCCAAAAAACAUUCUAGAGAUGAUUAAAAAUAUUUCUAAAGUCAAGACAUUAGAAGAAUCAGAAAAACUUCUACAGUAG